AUGAUUUUAGGAGUCGAACGAGACGCAGAGUACGACGAGGCCAGCGUACGUUGUGCGAGGGACAUUGCGAAGCAGUUGCUUUCUUAUCCGGCUUCCGAGUUCAAGGUGUUGAUGGGUGGAGGGAGUAGCUACCUGAUGGAGAAGUCGCGAAAUGGAUCUCGUGGGGACGGAACGAACAUUGACCUCGAGUGGCAGCGUCUUGGUGGCAGCCGAAAGAUUCUGCGAACGCCAUCCGAUCUGGCUCAAGUGAAUGCGGCAAAUGAUGAGAAGCUGCUCGGCAUCUUCUCAGAGUCACACUUUCCUUACUAUCUAAGUGAGAGAAUGGAGAAUAAAAGGACCGUGCCAAGACUUCGCGAAAUGACCGAGAAAGCUAUUGAGGUGCUCCAACGAGACGAUCAGGGAUUCUUCUUAGUGGUUGAAGGUGAGCCGUGGCAUCACUUCCAUGCCAGAAGGCAUUCGCUCAUCGUUAGAACUGGACCUGAAACCUGCUCAAUUAAUUUUAAGGGGGGGCCUCUAGCAAUGCCCAAUCCUUACACAAGCCUUGUACAGAUGAUCAAAGAGAGUUCAAAAGUACAGCACCGUGAGGAGAACGCAAUCACAGAAGUCACGAAUUGGGUUCCCGCCAUGUUCUUCGCCACCGGACCAGGAUACAAGAACGGCUUUGGAGAGCGUAGCAACAGCGACAUAGACAUUCUGAGAGACAUGCGGAUUAAGAAAAUGAUGGUUGUGGUAGCUCCUUUGCAAAUGAAUGACCUCAUUGAUUUCACUCCUUCAAUCGCCGCUUUGCUCGCCUCUGUGGUUUACCUUCAGAAUAAGGGCACUUCUUCACCUUUGAAGCAAGUGUUUAGUGGAUAA